ACUUUGCUCAUCAUGGCGGCGCCCAGGGUUUCUACUCAUCUCCUGCAGGUAACCCGUUUGUUGCAGCUUGGCGGGAGCGAAGAGACGCGCUCCUUCGGAAGCGGGAAAGCGGCUUUCCUCUCCUUUUAGGGAGAGGUGGAGGGCUGUUCUCCAACAGCUUUGGCGCCGUUCUUCUCUCGGGUAUCCGACCAUGCCGGUCUCCCCCUCUCUGAGCCUCCAUGUGCUUCCGUGCCUGUCCUUGUCGCUGCCUUUCAGUCUCCCCUUUGCCUGCCCGCCUUCUGGCUAAGCCCAGAGUUAGUUGUCUGGGCUGCCCUGUUUUAAGCCGUAGGUGGGGGCUGGGAUCGUGGAUGGAACAAGAAAACAGAACAACUUUCUGCUUAGGAAAUUGAAUGCCAGAGAAAAGAUACUGUAGUGGUUAGCGUGUGUUACAAGGAACAGGCAAGAUCUGGGUUCCCAGUCCUCGCUUUGCCAAGAAGCUCGCUGGGUGACUAUUGGCCAGUCAUUUUUUCUCAGCCCAGCCCUUCUACACAUGCUUGUGAAAUGGAAAAAGGGAGGAACAUCUAUGCCACCCUCAGCUCCGUGGUGGAAGAGCAAGAUACAAAAAUAUACAAAAGUAAAAAAAGGCCCUGAUGAGAAUCUUCUCUGGGAUUCAACCAACUGGGGUCCCUCAUCUGGGCAAUUACCUUGGGGCUCUCACAAACUGGGUGAAGCUACAAGAAGAAUGUGACUCUGUUCUGUACAGCAUCGUCGACCUCCACUCCCUCACGGUUCCAAGAGAUCCGACUGUUCUUCGUACCAGCAUCCUAGACGUCACAGCCGUUCUCCUGGCCUGUGGCAUAAAUCCAAAGAAAUGCAUCCUUUUCCAGCAGUCUCAGGUGCCUGAACAUGCACAGUUGGGGUGGAUUCUGGGGUGUUUCACAAGCAUACCACAACUGCAACACUUUCCACAGUGGAAGACAAAGAGUGCCAGCCAGAUGAAUGAAGGAACAGCUGGUCUGUUCACCUACCCAGUCCUUCAAGCGGCAGAUAUUCUUCUGUACAAGUCUACGCACGUCCCCGUUGGAGAAGAUCAAGUCCUCCACUUGGAGCUGACCCAGGAUCUUGCCCGCCGUUUCAACAAGAAAUAUGGAGAAUUUUUUCCAGUCCCCAAAGCCAUUUUGACCGCACUGAAGAAGGUGAGGUCCCUCCGUGAUCCCACCUCCAAGAUGUCCAAAUCCGACCCUCAGAAGCUAGCUACGGUGAACGUAACCGACACCCCUGAGGAGAUCCAAAUGAAAUUCCGCAAAGCCGUCACGGACUUUACAUCCGAGGUGACCUAUGACCCAGACCGCCGCCCCGGUGUUUCCAACCUUGUAACCAUUCACGCUGCUGUAACGGGGCUCGACGUAGAGGAAGUGGUGCGUCAAAGCUUGGGUUUGGAUACCGCUUGUUACAAGACUGUGGUGGCGGAGGCCGUCACUGAAAAGCUUGCGCCAAUCAGGAGCGAGUUCAAAAAACUACGAGAAGACGGGGCUUACCUGGAGAAGGUUUUACAGACCGGUGCAGAAAAGGCCAGGAGUCUCGCAGCUCCAGUAUAUCAGCAAGUCAAAAAGCUAGUGGGGUUUCAUUAACCGCAAGAAAAACGUAGCUGGAACCUUCUCAUGUUGUUUUGUUUUGUUUUUAGUGGACUAUAUUCUUUUCCACCGAAGGAUAAAAGUACAAUUGAGUAUUAAUCCACCAUAUCCUAGACAGUGGUGGUGAACCUUUGGCACUCCAGAUGUUAUGGACUACAAUUCCCAUCAGUCCCUGCCAGCAUAACCAAUUGGCCAUGCUGGAAGGGGCUGAUGGGAAUUGUAGUCCAUAACAUCUGGAGUGCCAAAGGUUCGCCACCACGGUCCUAGAACAACGUUGUACUAUAUCUUGUCUCACCGAAAGGUAAAAGCUCAAUUGUGACCAAAUCCCCGUCUUCUUCCUGUGGAAUGUUCUGCUGUGGGCGUGGCUCUUCGGGAGCACACCAACAAGCAGAGCGUUCCACAGGAAGAAGUGGGGUGUUUGGUCACACCUGAGCUUCUAUCUUUCGGUGAGACAAGGUAUAGAAUGCUUCGCGGGGGUCCAUUGUCUACCUAGUUCUGUUCCCGCACGUUCAAACACAGAAAUAAAAAAUAAUAUAAAGCCACCCUCACGACUUUUUAGAAGGCUGAGGAGUGGCCCAGGGAGAGGCACACAGAAUUCCGUUCCAUGUUUCCCGCCUCCCUCCCUCCCUUCACCUCACAGCUCUUACAUUCCCUUUUUCUAGCGGCUGCCAUUUUCUGUCAGUUUGUGGAGCCUUUGUGAUACCACCAUUUGCAGACUGUCCACAGGAGUUUCCUCUGCUUGCUGCUCAUCCUAAGGCCAUUUCACUGUUAAGAUUAGGCCCGGCUGCUCUUCCCUAAUGUGUGAGUAAGCAUUCAGGGUUACUUGCUGAGUCUGGCUUCGAAGCGUCUGCCCUCUGCGAUUACGUCUGAAGUAACAGUGAGGAGAAUUCUCUGCAGAAUCUGAAAAGCCGACUCCUGCUCUGUCCUCCAUUUUUAAAAAGGGGGGAAAUGGUGCCUUUUGAAAAUGGCAAAUUUUGCCAAUGGUCGUUUGAGGCACUAUAAUUGCUCUUUUAUCACUGUACCAUGUUUAAUAAUACAAAGAAUGAUGGUUUUGAUGAAGGCUGUGCUUAAAAAUGAAUUUAAUGUUCAAAGACAUUCAGGAUUAUUUUCUACUGUGGAAGCACACUACUUUCCUGCCGCUGCGCUACGGUCCGCACUUUUAUCUUUCAGUGGGAAAGAGUAAUGGGUUGUCUUUACUCCAGAGUUUUCCAGGAAGCCCUCUUUGUAAAAGUGGAAAAUAAAAAGUUUCCAUCA